UGCUUCGUAAUUCUAAGCCUGUUGCCCCCGCAUUGGCUUACUAUGGUGAGGCACUAUUGCAUCAGAAGAGAAACUUCUAACAAAAUUUUCAACUCUCAUCUUUGUUUAAGUAGAAAAUACUCGAAUUUCAAAGAUCGCGUUUUCUUUCAAAGAAGUAUUUAAAUGUACAAAGUUGUCGAGCUGUUUUCGUGAUGAACUCUUGCAGCGUUUGCGUAUUAUGACAUAUGCACACAGAUAUGUAUGUAUGGUGCAUAUUGGAAAGUGGUUCUCAAAAACGCCGCAAUUUCCUCUCUGGCGUGUUUGAUAACCAAAUAAUUAAGUACAUAAAUAUCGCGAGAUGAAAACGUGGUGUGAUAAAGCGUGAAAUGAUCAGGAUACGAAUUUGAAAACUGCCAGCUUUUAAUACUGCUAGCUGACUAUUCCGCGAGCAUGUUAACUAAACAAGAGUCUGCGAGUGAUAGCCUGUUGGAGAGGCUUGUCAAGAGUGAUGAGAACAAGGUUAAGAAAUGCCGGAGAAAUAGUGCGGACAAUAUUGAAGGGCAUAAAUUACGACAUGGGACGGAUAGUUUUCCAGAUAUCAAUGAGAGGCCGGUCGAAGACAUCUCUAUUGAAUUCUUUUACAAACCUCAUAGCAUUACGCUGCUCCUGAUCGCGAUUGGCGCAGUAAUAUAUUCAGCAUUCACUAGGAAUACUACCAAUGUCGAGGAUAAUAUAUGGGCUGGCAUACUUUGCAUUAUAUUUUUCUUCCUCAUCAUAUCAAUACUUACAUUUCCAAAUGGACCAUUUACAAGGCCUCAUCCAGUAGUUUGGAAACUUGUAUUUGGUUGUAGCGUACUGUAUCUGAUGGGACUACUGUUUUUAUUGUUUCAAGACUAUGAUACAGUUAGAAAAAUUUUUGUAUGGGUAGAUCCUGCCUUGGCAUCGUUUCAUAUUGACAUGGACAAAGAAUAUGGAGUUAAUUGUUCAGACAUCACAUUAGAGAAGAUCUGGAAUCACUUAGACAUUUUUGCAGUGGCCCAUUUCUUGGGCUGGACGUUCAAAGCUAUAUUGAUUAGACAUCUUGGUAUUUUAUGGGCCAUCAGUGUUAUGUGGGAAGUAACAGAGAUAGCAUUUGCCCACUUGUUACCAAACUUUGUGGAAUGCUGGUGGGAUGCUUUUAUACUCGAUGUUCUAGUCUGUAACGGUUUGGGUAUCUGGGUAGGAUUAAAGAUAUGCUCCCUCUUGGAAAUGCGUGAGUACAAGUGGGUAAGCAUUAGAGACAUUGAGAGCACCACUGGAAAGUUGAAGAGAGCCAUGUUACAGUUUACUCCUGGCAGCUGGACUGCUGUUAGAUGGCUAGAUCCAACUUGUACAUACAUGAGAUUUGUUGCUCUCUGUCAGUUGGUUAUUUUUUGGCAGGUGUCGGAACUCAAUACAUUCUUUUUGAAGCAUGUAUAUGAGUUCCCUCCCUCUCAUCCUUUUGUUGUGGCGAGAUUGGUACUAGUUGGAGUUAUUGUUGCACCGUCAGUUAGGCAAUACUACAUGUAUGUAACAGAUCCAACAUGCAGUAGAGUAGGAACCCAGUGUUGGGUGUACGGUGCAAUUAUGGUUACAGAAGCAUUACUGUGUAUACGGCAUGGUGCCUCGUUAUUCGAGCGCACUCAAGCAUUAAACAUACUGUUAUGGCUACUUUGCCAAUCUCUAGUCUCUGUUCUGUGUGUCUAUGGCUGUGUUCUUUGGCAUCAAUACUUUGAGACUGAAAAGAAAGCUACUACAAAACAGUCAGUUACCCAGCUAGGCAACAACCAUGUGGACGUAAUUCAUAGCACUGGGGGUAUGGUUCUUUCUGCAAAGCCUGUGGAUGUAUUGGAAAAGAAGCAAUUGUGAACAAGUUCGCAACUCGAAACGAACGACUUAGGGUGAAGUGUUCACACUCACGAACAUUCUAGUCGCAUUAUAAAAAAAAAAAAAAGAACGUAUGGAAGAAUAUCUAUAAAACCUCGUAGGCUACCGAUGGAUGUGUGAGCACGUCUGAUAUUCGCAUAUUGUGUCUGUUUGCCUGUGUGAAUGUUGGCGAAAAAAGAACAAGAAAACAAACGUUGUUACCACUUAAUAUAUCAGGCUUCCUUAUAUACAUAAAGUUUGAGAAAGAAAAAAGAACAAAAAAAAUACGUAAUCAGUCGCUACGAUAGUAGCUCAUCUUCCGAGAUAUCUUCGUUAGUUUGAAGAUACGGAAACACGUCGCAGCUAAAGCUUGGAUUUAUCCCCGAGCCAUCCGGACAAUUCCAAGCCUCGCCUAGGAGUCGAUUGUUAGAUGCGGACACAAAGAUGCUUAUGCGACUCGGUAACUUCUCGUCCUCGUACAAUGAUACAUACGACGAUGUAAGUGGUAGUUUCGAACAGUGCAUCUGCAACCGAUAGGCAAACGAAAAUAAUGACGAAUGUCUUGAUAAUUGUAGAUAUAAAUCGUAAAUGCCAUGAUUUGUAAUAAGAGUACCUGAGCAUAUGUGAGAUAGAAUAGCUGAUCCAAUUCAAGGUUAAGCCAGGGAAGAUGAACUUCCUCGUGAGAUCUCAUACGAUCCAAAGUGUCAUAGGUUAAUCUGAGUCCCAUCGUCUCCGACAACCGUUCGUUUAGCGUCAAUUGCGGGAUCUGAGAGAGAGAGAGAGAGAGAGAGAGAGAGAGAGAGAGAGAGAGAGAAAGUAUACCGGAGGAAUAAAGAGGAACGCAUUUCGUUAGUCUCGAAAGGAUAUUUUUCCAAUAGCGAGGAUUCUAUAGAAGGAAAAUGCAUGCGGUCCUCACCGUGUAAGACACGUCCUGUUCGGUAGAUAGCAACGUCAUACUCAAAGGCUUCUCGUAAAGCUUAUUCUUGUGGCAAUCUAUGUAAUGCUCGAAGCUCGAGUUCGCAACUCUGCUCUCGAAUACCGGAGUGUCGUUCUGCGAUUCAGACUGAUAGUAUAUACCUGUGGCAGAGAAAGUCACAGUUUCGUUGGACAAUUAGAUCCUUCAUAGUUCCUCCAGAUCCACCGUUCUGGAUUUAGAAUAUUUUAGCGGCGUUAUCUAUAUUAUUAUGUAUCAUAAUUACCGUUUGCGUCGAAAUAACGAGCUAUCUGGUGCGCUAUCGUAUUGCCGAUCGUCGCCAUUUUAAUGUAGUCUAACAACGUUUCGUUGUACUUGACGGACCAGUCGAUCGCACCAAAUGGUAUCACGACGAGUUGCAGCUCGUAAAUCACAAGCCCUUUAGAUUGGAACGGCGUCGUGUAAUAUGUCCAACUGUACAUUAAACCCCAGAAUGUAAGAUGAAACCUUGGAAUGCUUCUCUACGCAUGAUGUAGUUUACAUUUGUGAAACUUACAUUUGUUCAGGACAUCCCGGCUCGCAGUACAAUUGCUCGUACAUCCGCUCCCGGUACCUUUUCAUCAAGGUGAUGGAGUCGUUCAAGUAGUUGUCCGAUAGAAGCAUCUGCAAACAAGUCGCUGAUUUAUUAAGCCUACGAGAUUCGAGCUAGAAGCCAGGCAUAGGCACGGAUUGCUCCGUGGGGCACUGCUCGGGCACCGUCGAAACUGAGAGCAACGAAAUCAUGCCCAUUUAGAGCCCGCUACAUUGCCUGCCGUCGCUAUUUUGGCCCCGAAUUACGCCACCGGAGGCAAACCAUGACGAAAACGUGGCUCCUGUCUGUCUCGAUUACCUCGUCCGCUUUCGUCGAACCGUAAAGCAAGUUGGUGUGAUCGAAGUAAGAGAUAUUAGGUGCGACGACCGUCAGAUUGUCAAUCUUAGCGACCAAAAUUUUCCGGUCUCCCUCGGAGGUCCAUGUUGAUUCGUUUAUUUUUGCUUUCAGCGUCUCCUUUAGUUGGUUGAAUAAACCCUGUAUCUGUUAAUUUGAUACGAUACCGAAUAUUAAUCUCGAAGUAAGGAGCGGUCAACAGGGACAUCCAUCGUGCGAUCGAAUAUUCCUGCUUCGAACGAUUUUAUUAUUGGUGCAUGUAGGCGAACUCUUACGGUGUCACUCAUGUACAGAAGCUCGUCUUUCGAGAAAGUGGAGAUGUAGAAACUCGAAGCUUCAGGGACCAGGAGAUUGGCAGCAACGCGAAGACAAUGGUCUUUUGGAUCCGCGCGUUUCGGCACAAUCAACUGUAACAAAGCGAUCGCUUAAUGUUUAAGGGUACGAAAUUAAUUGCAGAAUUGCGAUGUGUACCUGCUGGUAAAUUGCUUGCGCAUACAGCCCUAGCAAGGCGUUAUUUAAUUCCAUCGGUUGUUCGGAUCCAAAUCGAUCGAGAUCCUCCAAUCCUUUGGUCAAAGCAUCGUAAAAGUAAACUUGCACGCGCACGUCUGUGCGAAUUUCUUUCUCUUUGUCGCUUCCCGUUAGCAAGGCGAACAGCUUUAAGCAGUCUAUCUACAUAUAAAUAAUAUAUAAGGAAUAUUGUUUUCCAAGAGGUUCGCAAUUUAACGAAAUUUAAUCGACCGCUCAAAAUACACACGCCAUCUUUGCUGAAGCGGGAGACCGUCUCGAGCGACUACCGAACACUAGAAUUCUCGAGCAAUAAGGAUAAUGGUUUAGACAAAUUUUUUAAAGACAUCCUCGUAGAUUCAAUAAUCGUAAAGUAAAGAAUUGAAAUUAAUUUUAGUAGUUCUAGCGUUGGUUUCGUUUAGAUUGAACACUUUACCUGCCCAGAAGCCUACCGACAAGCCUCCCGAUAACUGUUCGAGCUUAACAAUCUUAAAGUUUCUUAGCUUAUGUUACUAGGGGUUACUCAGCUUCGAAUUAUAGACUUGUGAUAAGCCGGUGGGUAACGUGUUAAUUAAAGCCAACAUUGUCUUACGAUUUUCCACUUUGUUUGCAACUCGGCGAUCGGAACGUUGUGAUACUCUUUCAAUAGAUACGCCUCGCGAAUUCGAUUUUUGGAUGGGAAAUUCUGAAAAAUAUUUCGUGUUCAUCUUGUUGCUAAACCAUUCUUUCGAGAUUUAGCCGUGAAAAUAAACUACCCACCUCGAGGAAUUUGUGCACGAUUUCGGUAUCGAUGGCGUUGACCGUCUUUUCCACGUAUUCGGAGAUGCUACUCGCAUUGUUCAACUCUUUGAACGCUCCGAGUGCCGACAAGGCGGUCCUGACGGAAUUUAGAAGCUUCGUAUUGUCCUGUCAAAGAUAAAAGAGACUCGAUUAAUAUAUUAUAAUUUUCUAGCAGUAGCUAGAAUUGCGAGAACUUCGAAAACUCAAACCUGAACUAUAUAUAUAUAUAUAUAUAUAUAUAUACUUUUGUGUGCGCGCGUGUACACAUGUAUUAAUAGAAACAGUAUUUGCGUUCGUACUUGUACGUCCGUGCAGAGCCGAAUCGAAUUUCUAUAAACUAAAAAUUAGAAAGAUAUUUCGAAGUUUCUUUUCGGUGCUUUUACAAUCUGUCGCUCUGGGGUGAGUUACUCUCGGCUUCCGAUACACGGCGAUUUUAGUACUUAUAGUAUUAUGUAUAAACAGAGAUGGGUGGAUCGUUGAGUUAACUCGAUUUUAUGGUAGUUACGAUGCCUACAGCCGCUAAGUUUUUAAAUUUUUGAUUUUCUAGACCUAGAUUCGAUAAAAGUAGACGACAAAUCGAAAUGGACCGACGUGACGCCCCGUCUCUCGAGGUUUAAGCAAGGGUUGAAUCUCCAGUAAUUUUUAGUUAUUCAGAACCGAAUUAAAUUCCGCUUGCAAGCGCUGAAUUACCCGAUAAAACGACGGAUGCUCAAUGAAUGUUCUCGGUUUAGAUCGGACAAAUUUGACUUUUUAGUUCCAUUGCCAUCAAUUUAGUAUACAUACCCGUUUUAUGCACGUUUCGUAUUCUUGGUACAGUUCUCUGAAAUUAACAGUCUUUUGGUCCCGCUCGUACCGGGUCGCGUAACAAGGAUUAUCCUCGGUUUUCUCAAAGGGACUCUUGUACCUCGGAGGGCUUAUCUUUAUGGUCAGAUGUUUCCUAUUAUGCUCUUCAAGCUCCGGGGUCACGUCGAACAAUAACGCGCUGAAAAGACAAGAAAAAGUAUACAUAGUGCGAUAUUUUUCUACAGUCGUUGCUGUCCGAUCCUCGCACCUAUUAUGUAAUAAUAGCUCUGCCACCAGUUUGGUGAAGUUCACGUCAUCCUUAUUGAAGUUGUCGGUAGUGUAAAACGUUCCAACACUGGCCAACACUUUUUCCGCUGUAUACAAACGAAACAGAUGUUGUACUAUUCAUUAUUGUAUGUACAAUUAAAUUAAUAUUGAAGUUAGAA